CACACACAAUAAUAUAAGAGCACAAGAGACUCUCUCUCUUUCUUUCUUUCCUGAGGAUAUAUUACAUCGAUCGCCUUGUUUCAUCUACCUGGUACCGGUACCUACCAUACUAAUAGUAUAGCUAGCCAGAGACGCCAACAGCCUGCACAACAAUGAACUCAUCCACCUCUUUUUCCACUGCCUUUGAAGACGAACUGUUCUUUGGAGUGCCACUAUCGACCGAUCGACGCAGUACGACUGCCACAACGUUCUUUCAAUUCGAAGCAUUGAUUGCGGCCAUUUCCAUUUUAUUUUUUCGAACGACCUGGAAUAUAAAGUCGGAACCCGUGGCAUUGCGAUGGUUCUUUGCCUUGAUUUUGGCCGUGUUGGCAUUCUCGCAAAAAUCCUACGAACUCGUCAGUGCCGUCGAAUUGUUUUCCUAUGCCGUGCCGUGGAUACUGGUUGUCGAUCAGAGUGCAGUGCCAUUGUGGUUAUCGUCCAGAUUGCCCGAAACGACGUGGCGCUUGCUCCUGAUUGCCGUCAGUGGUAUGGUGUCGUGUGUGCUCUGUCAUGCGGUGGCAUCGGGGGAUUGCUUGUGGGCCGUGCAGUUGGUGACACCGACAUCCGUCAUCACCGCAUUGUACGCGUUGAUUCCCAUUGAAGAAUUUCGGGCCGCCUAUGAGAUUCUGGAACAAUUUCAACCACCCGCAGUAUUGCGACAACAAGUUCAUCAUUUAUUGUUUGUCACGUUUCACAUUCAAUUUGGAAUUGGACAUUUGGGGAUUGAAUUCCUCACGAAAGAACAACAGCGACGCAACGAGUUGGUGCGGAUGGAUCAAACACACAACAAUAACAAUAGCGACAACAACAAUACUGAAGACAAUGACAAACAGAAAAAGGACAAACUCGAAAAGGCCCACAAGUUUCAACGCGGUGCUGCGCCCUUUAUUUUCUUUACGGCCGUUCCCUACAUGAUCCAAAUCAUUUUCUAUGGCAAUAUCAACAAAUUCGCCUUUUCGUGUCUCCAACACGACCUCCAUCGCGCCAUUCGACUCCAUCGACUCUUUGCCGCCGACAAUCACAUGCUCACCAUGACACAAAACAGUCCCACCAGUCCCGAAGCGUAUGCGGCAUCCAUGGAUACCGUCGUCAGCACGACCUAUGACAUGUUCAAUCGCAAACUGUUUUCAUUGCCCAAAGUCAUUUUACUGCCGGCUGUCAUUUCCAAAACCCCUCAAAUGAUGGCGCAAAUAUUUCCCAUUAUUUUCUUGACGGAUUAUAUCAAGGGACACAUGAUCAAUUACAUGACGACGCGCGUCGAAACGUUGCAAAAAGAAAUUCAACAAUUGUCUGCCGUCCGAUCCAAAUUGGAAGCAUUUGAUCUUAAAAAUGCCGAAUUGCUUCUGAGAAGUGGUUCGCAACAAACACGACAUUUUACCCAUCAACGAUGGUCUGUGCUGUCCGUCCAAAUACAAGCCAAAACAGUCGUAUCGGAUUUGAUUCAACGCACCAAAGGAUUCUUUGCCUGGAUUCAACGCAAUUUUGUCUUUUCGGUACUCGUCGAUUGUGCGUUGGCGAAUUUGAUUGCCAUUGGUAAGAUUGGUGCUGCCGAAAUAUUUGUCUUUUCGAGAGCCAUUGAAGAUGCCGUUGACAUGGUCCUCAUGAAAAGUCGCAGUGAAGCCGAAUUGGCACGGAUGCGGACGGAAAUUGAUAAAUUGCAAGAAUUGGCCACGUUGUGGAAUAACCCUACGAACAAACAAAACAACUGGUUGCAUUGCAAAUUGCCCGUCACGGAAGCCGAACGGGGGUAUAUCAUUUUGCGACAUGUGCACUAUUCCCGAGGUACCGCCAUGGUCCAUGCGGAACAUGUCGAGAUUGAACCGGGAAUCUAUGCCCUGACGGGGGCCAAUGGGAGUGGCAAGAGUACGCUCUUUCGCGUCCUCAUGAGCUGCGACACCAAUGACAAACCGAUUGAUUGUCCUCCCUCCAUCGUCUUCUCGUCACCAACUGUUGCCAUUGUGGAAAAGGAUGAUAUCAUCGAGGAUACCAUUUGCGAGGCAACUCCUGUGGCCACUGCCGAAGAAGCGGUGGACGACGAGGAGCCGCCAGUAUGCCAAAACAGUAACGAUGAUGACACGACAACCAGCAGCAGUGAAUGUCAAGUGAUUGACAAUGAGGAGGAUCAUCAGCCCGUUCCCAAACUCUCCAUUACCAUGCCCUCCUCGCAUAUUGUGGAAAUCAGUCAAACCUUUUACUGGCCGCUCUACACCCGACCCAUUGAUUGGAUCUACCAAGAACUUGUCGCCGAGACAAGGAGUGCAGAGGAACUGGAACGACGACUGCGCAAAACGGCCGAGUUGCUACAAUCCAUGUCCUUCUUUCAGUCUCAACAGCCCGUUGCUGUGACAACCGCAGAAGGAGGAGACGACGAGGCGGCGGCAGCAGCAGAGGAAGAGGAUGACGGCAUUGAAACCGUUAUGCAACAGCUACAAGAAGAAAAGGAAGAUUGGUUUGGAGACCUGAGUGGUGGGCAAAAGAGCAAGGUGGAGCUAGUGCGAAAAGUCUUUUUAGAGGAACGGUGUCCCGAUGUGGUGCUGAUCGACGAGACUUUUGCACCGCUGGAUCCAACAUCCAAACUGCUUGUCAUGUCCAAGCUGAAAGAGUUCUGCAAAGGCAGCAUUGUCAUUGUGAUCUAUCAUGCCGACAUUGGACACGGACAAGAGACAGAGGGAGGAAAGACAGUGGAAUGCGUCCCGAGCAGUGAUUUCUUUGAUCACAACAUCCAUCUCGAGAACCAAGUGAUACAGCUACGACCGGUUUGCUAAACUCCAGCUGGAAAAGCUCCUAUCCGGAAAGCUCCAAUUUCGAUUGCCUCGCGGAUAGGAGCUCUUAGAGAAAUAAUUAAUUUUAAAAAGCAAAUUGUUAUUAC